UUGCCUUUGAAAGAUUUCAAUUUAUGAUUGAGAUCUGAUGGAGAAAGGGUGCUCAAGUCUAUCUCAGAAUAGAACUUCUUUCUUGUUCAAAGGAUGAGGGAAAUGCAGAAACAUGAAUUUUGGAACAUGCUUUACUUUUUUGAAGCCUUGAACUCUCAGAGAAUCAACAUCAUCUCUGAGGACAAUGUCUAAAAGUAGUUCUGAUCUCUUGACAGCUGUUGGACAAGAGGUGAGGUCUCAUUAACUACUUUUUCUUUCAGAGCUUGCGAAGGAAAAGUUGAUGAAAUAUCUGGGAGCAACAAUGAUUGGGAAAUCUUACUUCCUUCUGUCACUUCUCCAAGCUGGACUGGCACAAGAUUGGAAACACCACACUCCACGUGAGGUGACAGCACAGGAAGGUUCCUGUGCUCAGGUUCCAUGUCAUUACAGUUAUCCUUCACAUCUGGCAAACCAACCGCGAAUUGGAAUCUGGAACAAAGAGGGAGAAUCUGGAACAUCAUUGAUAGCUUUUCACUCCAACCAUCACGAGAAAGAGUCCCAACAGUUCCACCAUCGGACCCGGCUGUCUGGAGACCUGAAAAAUGGAAACUGUUCCCUGAUUAUAAACACCAUCAAGCGGGAAGAUGCAGGAUCUUAUCACUUUAGAAUAGAAUUUGACAAAGUGAAUAGUUACAGCUACUUUCCUGUAACCCAGAUUCACAUUUCUGAUUUCACAGAUAAACCCACGAUAGUCCCUGUGGAGAUUAUCGCAGGAAAGCGUGAGAGCCUAAACUGCAUCUUCAACACAACGUGCAAUGGAACCGCUCCUGCCUUAACCUGGGACACUCCCACUGCCGUACAUGGAUCAGUCUCAAACACUGUAACUCAGCAUGGUGUCACUCUGACCUAUACUUCUGCUCUGAGCCUGACACCAUCACGCAGACACCAGGGACAAACCCUCACCUGCAGAGUGAGUUAUCCAAAUGUUUCUUCAGAGCAGACCCUCGAACUGACAGUGCAAUAUCCACCACAGACUCUCUCAAUUGCUUCCCUUGAUGGGAUUAAAGAUUCAUCGAUCAAUAUAAUCGAGGGGAAUUCUGCAGUGAUAAACUGCUCUGUCGAGAGUUUCCCAGCUUCUAACCUGAUGUGGAGACAUCUUAAUGUCACAAUGAACAGAACAAGUUCCAACAAUGAGCUGUGGUUGAAGAUUCCUCACAUUACGUACAGGGAGACUGGAGACUAUCAGUGCGUGGCAGAGAAUAAACAUGGAGCAGUGGAGGGCUCCAUAACUCUCACUGUGGAAUACUCACCACGGAAUCUCUUGAUCACUUCAAUUCAUGUGAUUAAAGAUUCAUCAAUCAAUAUAACUGAGGGGAAUUCUGCAAUGAUAAUCUGCUCAGUCGAGAGCUUCCCAGCUUCUAACCUGACAUGGAGACAUCUUAAUGUCACAAUGAACAGAACAAGUUCCAACAAUGAGCUGUGGUUGGACAUUCCUCACGUUACAUACAGGGAGUCAGGACACUAUCAGUGUGUGGCAGAGAAUGAACAUGGAGCAAUGGAUGGCUCCAUAACCAUCACUGUGAAACUUCGAGAUUUCAGUGGAUGGAAAGCAGGAUUGCUUGGAUCUGGAAUCAUUUUAAGUGUUGGACUGAGUGGAUUCUUCAUCUUCAAGUGUGUGAAAAAAGGAAAAAGCACAGGAAGAGGCCAAACAGCAUAUGUCAGUAGAGACACUCCAGGCGAGCAGUGGGACAGGUUCAGGGAGAGAAGGGACAUGAAACAAGAAACUAAAACUAAACGUUGUGCCAAUGAAUAUGAAGGUCCUGCUUAUGAAAACUGUAAGAUGGAUUGGGCUUUGAGAAACCAGAAGAAGAAAUUUGAGGAAAUGAAAUCAAAUCAUAAUGUUCAUGUACACCAAGAAGACGAUAUCUACGCAAACUGUAACUUUGAUGAGGAGGCUGUGUAUGGGAAUGUUUAAACUAAGCAAGAUUGAGAAACACUCAGUAUGGGGACAACACUGAUUGACGGAAUCUUUCAAACUUGAAUUUACCUUCCAAAAAUCCACAGGAAUGAUCCCCAAGAACUAAUUUGAAAUUUCUUGAUAUCAUGUGCGAGAGUUUCUUGAAGGUGAAGUCGUCUCAGAGUUGAGUGAUGAUGCGUCCAAGAUGUUUCUGUCUGGAUUUAAUUUUAAACAUCCUUCUUCAACAGAGUCUCCAACAGCAAGGGACAUUCUUCUCUCCGUUGUGAUUGUAUACAUCUUUUGAUUUUGAUCAAACAUCUAUCAAGACUGGACACACACAUUCAAUCCCAUGCUGGUUCACUCCCUUCCACUCAUCCAAAUGGGUCAAUAUUUUCUGAAUACUCCCCUCUCCAGAACUCUCAUUUCUCCCUAUUUUCUCUCCUAUCGCCUCUCAUGUCCUCUGUGAGCUCACCCUGUCUGUGACAGCCAUCUCCUUUUCCUAUGAUCCGGUUCCCACUAAACCGUUGAUCACCCAACAUCCCCUCCUGGCUCUCAUGUCAGCCAACAGUGUGAUGGUCUCUCUCUUCAGGAACUGGGCCUCUCUCUUUUACGUCUCCCACCGACACACUUCCCUUCCAAAAAUAACCAUUCACCUCCUUAAACCUCCCACUUCUCUCUACUCUUUUAAACUGCUCUGAAAACCCAACUUCUUUUAUCAACAUCUUAUCCACCAGUCCUAAGAUCACAUUCCUUUGCCCAAUUGCAAUAAAGGAAGACUUAAAUUUCUUUAACACCUUGGAUCACUGCAGGACAUCCCAAAGUGCUUCAGUGAAUGAAAUUGUUUUGAAGUACAGCCACCUCUACAGUGUAGGAUUGACACAGCAAGAUCCCACAAAAGGUCACGUAAUUGUGACCCACACAGUUUGGUUUCAUUGAUGCUGAUUGGGAAUAAAUAUUGCCUGCAGCACAUUGCGGAGGUGGACCCUUGUUCCUUUUCCAAAUACCAGAAUGGGAUCUUCUAUAUCCACCUGAACAGCAUUCCCUCAGUACUGAUCCUCUGACAGUGCGGCAUUCCCUCAGCACUGACCUCCAACAAUUCAGCAC